AUUAGGUUAAGAGUGAUAAUAUUUUUAUAAACAUCAAUACUCAACAUUAUUUGAGACACUCAAAAUGCUACAAAAGUUUACUCAAGAGUUGCUGCAUUUUGGUCCUGCGUUUCAACGUUUGAUUAUCAUCUCCGAAUGCCAAUUUCAAUUUCUUUUAAUAAUUAUGCUAUAUAACGUGUGUGUUAAAAUAUGUAAUACAUUGAUAAGUUGGAGUGACAUGUGUGUGUGUCGUGAUAAUAUUGAUAAAUAUGAUACGAUGACACCGACGAAGAGUGACAAGCAACAACAUUGCAAGAGAUUUCCAGCAAACGAUAAAUGCUUCACUACAAAUAAAACGAAAGAUGAAGUCGUGAACAAAAAAAAAGAAGAUGCAAAAAAUAAAAAAAAGAGCAUUCGUGAUAAUCAAGUAUCGAUCAUGGCUGCUGUAAAAAAGGUAAAAUCAACCGAUCAAGAAAAGAAUGUAUCAUCUCUCACACAAGAAGCGCAAUCAAAUUUAGAAAUUAAAAUAAAACUUUUGACUAAAGAAAAAGACGAUCUGCAAACUGAAUUACUUAGUCUAAAAGAAGAAAAUCAUCGCUUGCAUCGUUUAGUAGUGCGACCGCACUCACGAGCGUGUACAGCACAUUUGGAUAGCAGCAAACGCUGUUGUAAAAUUAGUCUUUCGAAAGCGGUCGAAGAAGAGAAAGAAAAAAAUGAAAGUGCUGGUAACAUCAAGAAUCGUCUCACAGUUUCCGGCGAUGGCUCUUGGGCUCGAAGAGACUUUUCUUCUCUUAUUGGCUUGGCGACUGUAAUUGGAAAAUUUACAGGGAAAAUCCUUGAUGUUGUUGUUAAAUCAAGUGUAUGCGCAGGAUGUUCGAAAUGGGAUGACAAAAAAGAUAGAAUCGAGUACGAUCUUUGGUACGAGAGUUAUCAGGAAACGUGUAGUAUUAAUCAUGAAGGCAGUGCUGGAUUAAUGGAAGUUAAUGCUAUCAUUGAAAUGUUUAAAAGAUCUGUAAGCUCGUACGAUGUUUACUAUGAACAGUAUAUAGGCGAUGGCGACACAAAAACAUUCAAACAGAUAAAAGAUGCAGAGCCCUAUGGUACAGUUGUAAGUGUAAAGAAGAAAGAAUGUGUUUUGCAUGUAAAAAAGCGCAUAUAUAAAAGAGCUAAAGAUGCCAAAAAUGAAAUCACACGACUGAAGAAGACGAAGAAAAUUUUGGAAGACCAACAGAAUAAAAAAUCGAGUUCGACAUCGAGAAAAACUGUGGCGAAGAACAUUGAAAAACCAAAAGUGAAAAUUGCUGCAUUUACCAAUCAGUCAACAUGUGAACAUGCAAAUUAUCGACUUAUUAUGAAUUGGCUGUGCGAAGAAAUCCGGAUUCUGUGGAGAAUAUGA